ACGCUGUCACGUCGUACUUCCUUUAAGUUCCGGCCCUGGGUAAAAACAACACCUGAAACCCCAGGCUCAAAAGAAAAUCCCCAGUAUCCUACAUCUUUGUCAAGUAUUACCACCUGCGACGUAUUAACUGCUAAGAAGAACACCUUAAACACAAAAUGCCUCAGAACGAGCACAUUGAGUUGCACCGCAAGCGGCAUGGAUACCGCCUGGACCACCAUGAGAGGAAGAGGAAGAAGGAGAGCCGUGAGGCUCAUGAGCGCUCUCACAAAGCCAGGAAGAUGAUCGGCUUGAAGGCCAAACUCUACCACAAACAGAGACAUGCAGAAAAGAUCCAGAUGAAGAAAACUAUUAAAAUGCACGAACAGAGAAAGACCAAGCAGAAGAAUGACGAUAAGACCCCCGAAGGAGCCGUACCAGCCUACCUUUUGGACAGAGAAGGACAGUCACGAGCUAAAGUCCUUUCCAAUAUGAUCAAACAAAAGAGGAAAGAGAAGGCGGGCAAAUGGGAGGUGCCCCUACCAAAGGUGCGCGCUCAGGGAGAGACAGAAGUGCUGAAGGUCAUCAAAACUGGAAAGAGGCAAAAGAAAGCCUGGAAGAGAAUGGUCACAAAAGUUUGCUUUGUCGGUGAUGGCUUUACUCGUAAACCUCCAAAAUAUGAACGUUUUAUCAGACCAAUGGGUUUGCGCUUUAAAAAGGCACAUGUUACACAUCCAGAGCUGAAAGCCACAUUUUGUCUUCCCAUCCUCGGAGUAAAGAAGAAUCCUUCCUCACCAUUGUACACCUCCCUGGGUGUCAUCACGAAAGGCACAGUUGUGGAGGUCAACGUCAGCGAGCUGGGUCUUGUAACACAAGGGGGAAAGGUUAUUUGGGGUAAAUAUGCUCAGGUGACAAAUAAUCCAGAAAAUGACGGCUGCAUUAAUGCGGUGCUGUUGGUGUAAGACUCUCAAAAUGGACUUGUCCUGGUAACUUUUGAUCUACACCAGGUAAAUGAACACAAAGAAACUACAAAUCAAUGGACUUACAGGAAGAUCUCGGACGCAGCUCAACUUUUUUGGAUACUUGCAUAAAAAAAUAUAACGGGGAUAACGUUGUGUAAAAUCUGAUGUCAAUAAACUUGAUAUGAUAAAACAAA